CUGACAUAUCAUGAAGCAUUGUUGACGUUCACCAAACGUCUCAGGUUAUCAGUUGUUUCUUCCAGAUGAUCCGUCUAAAGUCAGAUCGAGAACAUCUGUUUGUUUGUUUACGUGGUUAGUUGUUUAGUGGUUUACGUGGUUUGCAUCGUAUUUCCGUUGUUUUUAUACUGCAGAGGAAAACUUUAAAUCAUUAAAAACAAAUAAUUAUUAAUUAUCAUCACAUACACUAAAGAUGAAUGCCUUGGGGUUGACUAUGAUCAUGAAAAUGGGGUGUAUAUGCACCAGGGAAACAAUUAAUAUUAAUGGAAUUAAGUACUCUGUAUUGGAACGACUAGGAGAUGGUGGAUUCAGCACUGUGGACUUAGUUGAGUGUAAGAAUAAUAAAAAAAUCUAUGCCAUGAAGAGAAUGACUUGUCAUAGCAUUGCUGAUCAGCAGAAAGUUCAGAGAGAAAUUGACUAUUUAAAGAAAAUAAGACAUGCAAAUAUAAUGGAACUACAUGAUUCUUAUUUUAAGGGAUCAGCAGAUAUUGUAGUGAAUACUACAUCAGAAGCAUUUUUGGUAUUACCAUAUUAUCCUAGAGGAACUCUGCACGAUAAUUUACAAUCACGCGCCAUAGAAAAGCACCACAUGGAUGUGACAGAAAUAUUCCGAAUAUUCUCCAGCGUUUGCGAUGCGGUUCAAUACCUUCACGAGAUGAAGCCCCAACCUCUGGCACAUCGAGAUCUCAAGACUGCCAAUAUAUGUUUCACCGAUAACUUCACACCGGUUGUAAUCGAUUUAGGAUCAAUGGUGGAGGCGCGCAUUCAAGUCUGCGGAUCCCAAGAUGCGCAAAAACUACAAGACGAAGCAGCGGAAAAUUCUUCGGCGCCAUAUCGUGCUCCAGAAUUAUUUAACGUCGAUAGUUAUUGUGUAAUUGAUGAACGAACUGAUAUCUGGAGCUUAGGAUGCAUUUUGUACGCAUUGUGUUAUUUUAUGUCGCCGUUCGAUUUGGUUUACAUGCGUGGUGAUUCCGUCGCUUUGGCUGUCCUCUCCGGAGGGGUGCACUUCCCCGAGGAGAGUAAAUAUCCAGAUCAUGUGCAUGAUUUAAUCAUUUAUAUGUUGAAUACAAAUCCGGCUGAGAGGCCAUUUAUUCAAAGUGUUAUUGAAAAAACGCAAAUUGUGAUGAAUACCGUAAAUAAUAUUGCUUGAUUUACAUUCCGUUUUAUUAUAUGUAUUUAUUUUAUUUUGUAUCAUAGCUACUGUAUUGAUAUUUAUUUAUGGCUAUGAGAGCAGUCAUUAAAAAUGCUGUCGUGUUUGUCAGUUUAUAGAAAUCAAAAUAAAUUUAUUUGCGUAUUUAGAAUUUCAUAA